AUAUCUAAUAUUCUGACAGAAAUUUUAAGAUAAUCAAAUGAUUAAUAAUUUUUUGGCCAAUCAUUUUACUUCAUUGAAUUAUUAUUUAAAAAGGUUGCAAUGGACACUGCAAUGGACAGACAAGUGUUCAUAUUCAAGCUAUAAGUUAACCUAUAAGUUGAAAUCAAAAGUAAAAUUAUGGCAAUUAUCUUACUUACAACACCGCCAGCUGUGAUUACACGUGAAGAAGCGCGACAUUUACAACAGAAUUCUCCUGAUGCUAUAAUAGAGCCAAUCGCUCGUCAUAUACAACAGAAUGUUUAUGUACGAUUUACUCCCCCAGUUCCCGAUACUAUUUUAGGUAAAGGAACAUUAUGGGUAACGGAAAGUAAGUUAUAUUUUUAUUCCUGGGACACAAAUACAGGACUGGCAAUUGAUUAUCCUACUAUAAUAAUACACGCUAUAUCAAGACAACAAGCGCCGGACAGUACUGGACCAUGUAUUUAUACACAAUUAAACGAAAGAUUUAACGUUUCUACUGGAACCCCAACUCAACAACCUUUAGCAUCAUUAACAUCACGAGAAGUUGAUGAAGAGGAAGACGAUAUCACAACAGAACUGAAAUUUAUUCCUGAUGAUAUCGGUGCCCUUGACGCAAUAUUUGAAGCGCUAUCUGAAUGCGCGGCAUUACAUCCAGAUAAAGAGUUUAUGGAUGAAGAAGAUCCUGAUGAUGAAUUUUAUUAUGGUAAUGGUAAUGACGAUGAUAAUAGUCAAUGGUUUGCAGCUGCUCCAAGUGAUGAACAAGAAUUAAGUGAAAUUGGCAGAGCCUCGUUAGCAUAUUUAGAAUCUAUUAUUGAUAGCCCUCCAACUAACAAUACUAACAAUACUAAUAAUACUAGUAAUACAGCUACUCAACAACAAUCACAUCUACAGAAUAAUUAUGAUGAUGAAAUGUUUCAGGAUGCCGAAGAAGACAAUAAAUGAAUCUAGAAAUUAUAAUUAAAUAAGAUAUAACUGAAAACAUUUUAUUUUUCUAUUGAGAUAGCAAAUAUCUUUCCAUUUAUGAUAAAUUUUAAUAACACUUUGUACUUAA